AUGGAUGAUAGAGUUGUAUUGAAGAUUUAUUACUACGGGCAGAUCUUAUUACAAACAUAUGAGGGAGUUCAAUUCGUGUGUGAAAAUCCAUUAGAUGUUGUUAUUCCGUUCACAUUGUCAUUUGAGGAGUUGAAAGGUGUGAUUUGUGAGAAGAUAGGCACGCAAAGAUGUAGGAGAAUAUCGUGUAUUUUGUACAGGUAUCCUUUACCUGUGUUUGGCGGGUUUGUUCAAUUUCAAACCAAGUAUGUGAUGGACGAAGCGAGUAUGCAGGAAAUGUUUUCAAUGUACAUGAAAAAUCGCCACCGAACAUCGUGCAUCGAGUUAUAUAUUGAGUUUGAGCAAUCUGAAGCAGACCGUAACAUUGAGUUGGAAGAUUAUAAUAGUGAAAGCGAAGAUGAAUUUGAAAGUAACUAUGAGAUCGUCGGUCCAGGUGAGGACGAAGAAGAAGCUGUUGGCGACAUGAACGCAGAUGUGGCGGAAGUUGCAAAUGCACUAGCAAACCCGCAUCCGUUUCAAGAGCCUUCUUUCAUGCGGUCGUUGGAUUUGGGGGCUAUGCACGCACCGGAGUUUCCGGAAUAUAUGAAUACAGCCCCUCCUGUUGUGGCGGAUGGUGAGUUCACAGUGGGGAUGGAAUUCAGCUCAAGGGAGGCAGUAAUCAAGGCAAUGAAAGAUUAUACCAUCCGGAGAGGUGUGGACUAUCGGGUAUAUGAGUCGGAACCGACGACAUUCUAUGCCAAAUGUAUAGAAUAUGGGAAUGGUUGUGACUGGUUGAUCCGGGUAACCAAAAUGCAGAAGAAGUACUGUUGGGAGAUAAGGAGGUACAAUGGAAGUCAUACUUGUACCAGGUCUACUAUUUCUCAAGACCAUUCGAAGCUGGAUUCCAAGACAGUUGCAGAAGCAAUAAAGCCGUUGGUAGAGGUUGACCCGUCUAUAAAGGUAAAAUCUGUAAUUGCUGAUAUCCAGUCAAAGUUUAACUACACCAUCAGUUAUCGCAAGGCUUGGUUAGCAAAGCAGCAGGCGGUCGAAUCAAUUUUUGGAAGUUGGGAAGCAUCGUAUGAAGCUUUGCCGAUAUGGUUUGAGGCCAUGUGCCACAAAGAGCCAUCAGCAGUGGUUCACUUUGAAACAAUGCCAGCUUACCAGGGGGAUGAUUUGGUUCCUGAUAUACGUGGCCUUCAGACACUGCAAGCCAGUGGUGCAGGUGGACGGGACUCAUUUGUAUGGAAAAUACAAGGGUUGUUUAUUGGUUGCAGUGUCACAAGAUGGUAA